AUGGAGAAGUACGAAAAAAUUGGCAAGAUCGGAGAAGGCUCCUACGGGGUGGUGUUCAAAUGCCGGAACCGAGACACCGGCCAGAUCGUGGCUAUUAAGAAGUUCCUAGAAUCGGAAGAUGAUCCGGUUAUAAAGAAAAUCGCUCUGCGAGAGAUCCGGAUGUUAAAGCAACUGAAGCACCCCAACCUGGUCAACCUGCUGGAAGUCUUCAGGAGGAAACGGAAGCUCCACUUGGUCUUUGAAUACUGUGACCACACGGUUCUCCAUGAGCUGGACAAGUACCCGCGGGGGGUCCCAGAGCAUCUCGUGAAGAGCAUAACUUGGCAGACCCUCCAAGCUGUAAACUUUUGCCAUAAACACAAUUGCAUACAUCGGGAUGUGAAGCCAGAAAACAUCCUAAUAACUAAGCAUGUGGUCAUUAAACUUUGUGACUUUGGAUUUGCUCGCAUACUAACUGGCCCUAGUGAUUAUUACACAGACUAUGUGGCUACCAGAUGGUACCGUUCUCCUGAGUUACUUGUAGGAGAUACUCAAUAUGGCCCUCCUGUGGAUGUCUGGGCAAUAGGCUGCGUCUUUGCAGAGUUGUUGUCAGGUGUCCCCUUGUGGCCUGGAAAAUCAGAUGUGGACCAGCUGUACCUAAUCAGGAGAACCUUGGGGGAUCUUAUUCCCAGGCAUCAGCAAGUUUUCAGCACUAAUCAGUUCUUCAAUGGGGUGAGAAUUCCAGAUCCAGAGAACAAGGAGCCACUAGAAUUGAAAUUCCCUAACAUUUCAUAUCCUGCGCUAGGACUAAUGAAGGGCUGCCUUCAUAUGGACCCUGCUGAGAGACUCACAUGUGAACAGUUACUGCAACAUCCAUACUUUGACAGCAUGAGAGAAGCAGGAGAUUUGGGAAGGGAGCAUGAAAAAGCCACUCGGAAACCAACCCGGACAACUCGAAAGCACAUGCCAGGGUUACAGUACCUGCCUCAGUUAACCAGCAGUAACAUUUUACCAGCUUUGGAUAACAAGAAGUACUAUGGCAACACAAGAAAAUUAAACUACCAUUUCCCCAACAUCUAA